AUGCGUUGCGCACUUUCUAACCUGCCCAUGCUGCAAUCCUCCAUCCUUGCUCUGUGGCUCACAGCUCUCCAGGGAUUCAGACCUGCGGAUACCGCUCCAAAUCCUUCUCCUCUCCUCGGCUCCAACUGGGGGAACCCGCGGAGAUUCAUCCAUCUUCAGACCACUUCUGAUUUGAACAACUUCUACUUGGAGAUCAGCUCUAACGGACACGUGCGCAAAACUACACACCGGGGCUCCUACAGUGUCAUUUUAUUAAAAGCAGAGACCAGAGACCGUCUGGCAAUAUUUGGGGUGAAAAGUAACCGGUUUAUGUGUAUGGACGCAGGAGGCACUAUUUUCACAUCUACAGUUUGCAACAAGGACGACUGUCUUUUUCACCACAAACUGUUGGAAAACAACCGCGACGUCUACUAUUCCAGCAAGAACAAUAUACUUCUUAACUUGGAUGGAGCGAAGCAGGUGUACACAGCAGGGCAAAAUCUCCCUCAAUCAUCUCUCUUUCUAUCAGAGAAGAACACCAUUUCACUGGAGCGUCUGCAGCACAGGGAGAGGAGAAACCGACAGGUGAAUCCAUCUGACCCGCUGAAUGCGCUCCGGCGCGGCGAGGGUUCAGACUCCAGAGCGGUCCAGGAGGACGAUGGAGACUUUGACUUUGAGCCAUCGGAAGGUCAUAACAUCUCGAGAGAAACCCUUGUUUCCCCUUCAGAUGAUGACCCUUGGGACCUUGUUCAGGACAUGAGUCCCAGCAGCCCUCGAAUCGCAGGAAUUGUCGGGUGAAAGUGCUUCAUGGAGUGACUGCGCACCCGACGCUGCUUUGCGCAAGUCGAAGAGCAAAAUGAUGUAGUGUGGCACAAGUAUUUUUGUAAGUCAGUUCAGAGAAAACGAGUUUUUUAAAUUCCAAAACCCGAAGAACUUCGAACCGUCAUGUCUAUCAUGGAAAUACGCAUCAAAAGUGCUGUUUUUUACGCAGCUCUGGGUUGGUUAUUUUUAAGCCCAUACAUUUUAGAGCGACUAUCUUCAAAUAUGGACUACAUUAAAAAACGAUUCUGAUUGAUUGUCUAAAUUAGAUGUGUCCAACUCUUUCCCUAGAGUUCUGCUGAGCCAACCGGUAAUUCAACACACAUGAAUCAUGUAAUCAGCGUCUUCAGGGACACAUUCAAUUGCUGCCAGGUGUAUUGGAACAGAUUGACACCUACUCUUAAAAUUAAUAGGUAUAUGUAAUAAGUGUUUUAUAUUAUUUAUUUUUCACCUGCCAUCCUGAAUUUGUGUCUGGUGCUGGACAC